AUGGCUUCUAAUAUCACCAUGGAGCAUGUUGAGUCUCAAAGGGGAAGGGAUGCUAUUCCUUCUCAAUGGGGAGGUAAGAAGAUCCGUUCUUCAAGUGAGCCUAGAGGUAAGAACUCUAACUUCUUAGAAGAAAGAGUUUCUAUGUUAGAAAAUGUUCUAUCCUCUAUGAAUGAGCGCUUCCAAAGGAUAGAACAUGACAAGGAAACCCUCGAGGCUCACGUGUUGGGAGAAUUAGAUGCUUUCAAAGAAAGCAUGCUCCAAAUUGAAGAGAAGCUUGAGAAUUCCUUGAAGCUAUUUGAGAAAGUUCGAGUUUGGUUCGAGGAAGCAAAAUCUCAACCAACCAUUAUAAGGGAGACAACAAAGAUUGAUCUCCCCAUUAUAAGGGAGAUGACAAAGAUUGAUCUCCCAAAGCCAAAGGAGUUCAAGGGCGUGAGGGACGCUCGAGAGGUGAAGAACUUCCUAUGGCAAAUGGAAAGGUACUUUGAAGGCCAAGGGGUGGUCGAAAAAGCAAUAAAGGUACGCACUGCAGCUCUCUACCUUUCUGAUAAUGCUACUUUGUGGUGGAGGAGAAAGUGCGAAGAUAUGAAGAAUGGUACUUGCAACAUAGCCACAUGGGAAGAUUUUAAAAGGGAGUUGAAAAGACAAUUCUUCCCUGAAAAUGUGGUUUAUGAAGCAAGGAAGAAGUUGAGGGAGUUGAAGCACAAGAGUACGAUUAGCGAUUACGUAAAGGAGUUCACUACUCUCACGCUUCAAAUUCCCAACUUAGCAUCAGAUGAUGCAUUGUUCUUCUUCAUAGAUGGACUCCAACCUUGGGCAAAGAAUUUUAAGGAUGUCGAUGAGGCCAUCGUGGUGGCCGAAUCACUCACUGAGUAUCAUAGGGGAGACUCUAAACCCAAGUCUUCUUCCAAGCCUAGUUCUACUAAAAGUGGGGGAGACAAGGGAAAAAGUUUCUCAACCAAGAAGGAAGGAAAAUACUCUUCAAAGAAAGAGUACGAGGAAAAGAAGAAGGCUUUCGUACCUAAAGGAGGAUGCUUCGUAUGCAAGGGACCACACCAAAUGAAGGACUGUCCCAAGUUAGGGACUCUGGCAUCUAUCGCCGAGGAACGAGAGGCCCAAACUCAAGUAACUGAGUGUGUUGGAUCCAUCCAACACAUAAAUGCUGUGAAGGGCAAAGAGCCAAGCACUGCAGAAAAGAAAGGUUUGAUGUAUGUCAAAGCCUUUAUCAAUGAAAAACCUGUCAUGGCUAUGAUCGACACUGGUGCUACACACAACUUCAUCACGCCUGAUGAAGCAAAGAGGCUUGGGUUGAAGAUCUCCGAAAAGAAUGGUUGGUUAAAACCCGUGAACACCAAGGGUGAACCCCUUAAGGGAGUAGCAAAAGGGGUUGAGAUGACUCUUGGUUCUUGGAAGGGCCUUGUAGAUUUCUCAGUAGCACCCAUGGAUGAUUUUAAAAUAGUCAUCGGGCUCAAUUUGCAAAGGAAGGAAAAUAUAAUACCUAUGCCAUACUACGACGUAGUAUGCGUCAUGGAGAAAGGGUCUCCAUGCAUGGUCCCUACAGUCUCUAAAGUUGGAGGACCACCGAUACUCUCUGCUAUGCAACUCAAGAAAGGGUUCAAGAAGGGAGAGAUUACAUAUUUGGCUCUAUUACAAGAGGAGUCAACAUCCAAAAGAGAAGACGUUUCUCCCAAAAUCAAGGAAGUCCUUGAAGAAAAUAAGGAUGUGAUGCCUCCCGAGUUGCCAAAACAAUUACCACCUAGGAGGAAGGUGGACCACAAGAUUGAAUUGGAGUCAGGAGCAAAGCCGCCCGCCUCAACACCUUAUAGGAUGGCACCGCCAGAACUUAAAGAAUUGAAGAAGCAACUCAAGGAUUUGCUAGAUGCUGGAUUCAUCCGUCCAUCGAAGGCACCUUAUGGCGCACCUGUCUUGUUCCAAAAGAAGCAUGAUGGUUCAUUGAGACUAUGCAUUGACUAUCGAGCACUGAACAAGGUAACCAUCAAGAACAAAUACCCCAUUCCUUUGAUAGCCGAUUUGUUUGAUCAACUUGGUAGAGCCAAGUGGUUCUCAAAGCUAGAUUUGAGGUCAGGAUAUCACCAAGUGAGAAUUGCUUAUGGUGAUGAGCCUAAGACCACGUGUGUCACGAGGUAUGGAUCGUAUGAGUGGUUAGUGAUGCCUUUUGACUUUACCAAUGCUCCUGUGACCUUCUGUACCUUGAUGAACGAGAUUUUUCGAUCUUACCUUGAUCGGUUUGUAAUGGUCUACUUGGAUGACAUUGUUGUUUAUAGGAAUACCUUGGAGGAACAUGUAGAACACUUACGAACCGUGUUCAAGAUCUUGCGAGAGAAUAACCUAUAUGUGAAGAAGGAAAAGUGUUCCUUUGCAAGGGACGAAGUCCACUUCUUGGGACACAUCAUUAAAGGUGGAACUCUCUGCAUGGAUCAAGGAAAGGUGAAGGCUAUCAAAGAGUGAGAGCCGCCAAACAAGGUAUUUGAAUUGAGGUCAUUUCUUGGGUUGGCUAAUUACUAUCGGAGGUUUAUCAAGGGAUACUUCGCCAAGGCUGCACCAUUAACUGAUCUUCUCAAGAAGAAUCACACUUGGGAAUGGUCAAAGGAGUGUCAAAAGGCCUUUGAUGAGUUGAAGGCUGCUAUCACAGAAGGACCAGUACUAGCACUACCCGACUACUCAAAGGUGUUUGAAGUCCACACUGAUGCUUCUGACUACGCUAUUGGAGGAGUUCUGAUGCAAGAAGGACAUCCUAUUGCCUUUGAGAGUCGCAAGUUGAAUGAUACAGAGAGGCGAUACACUGUCCAAGAGAAGGAGAUGACCGCGGUGGUGCAUUGUCUAAGAACUUGGCGUCACUAUUUACAUUGUUUGAGAACUUGGCGUCACUACUUGCUUGGUUCACACUUUAUCGUCAAGACAGACAAUGUGGCUACAAGCUACUUCCAAACUCAAAAGAAGUUGAGCCCCAAACAAGCUAGGUGGCAGGACUUCUUGGCUGAGUUUGAUUUUGAAUUUGAAUACAAGUCAGGCAAGACUAAUGUGGUAGCUGAUGCGCUGAGUCGCAAGGCUGAGUUGGCGGCCAUUUCUAUGGCUGAAGGAGAUAUUGUGCAUACCAUCAAGGAAGGGUUGCAUCACGAUCCACUAGCCAAGAAGUUGGUGGAGUUGGCUAGAGAAGGUAAGACCAAAAGAUUUUGGUUCGAAAACGACCUUCUCUAUACAAAAGGGAGAAGAUUAUACGUUCCUAAGUGGGAAAAUCUGAGAAGAAAGUUGGUAAGAGAAUGCCACGACACCAAGUGGGCUGGUCACCAAGGUCGGCGAAGGACCUUAGCACUCAUUGAAUCUUCUUAUUAUUGGCCUCAAAUGAGAGAUGAAGUGGAGAGCUAUGUGAAGACUUGUCUUGUGUGCCAACAAGAUAAGAUUGAAAACAAGACACCAAGCGGGUUGUUGGAACCUCUGCCUCCAUCAGAGCGACCGUGGGAAAGUGUCUUUCUAGAUUUCAUUUCUGCCUUACCGAAGUCUGAGGGGUUUGGAUCUAUUCUCGUGACUGAGAGAGUGAAUGCCUUACUUGAGUGUUACUUGAGGCAUUUUGUAAGCGCUAAUCAGAAGGAUUGGACAAAACUCCUAGACAUUGCUCAAUUCUCAUAUAAUCUGCAAAGGAGUGAGUCUACCGGGAAGAGCCCAUUCGAGAUUGUGACUGGACAACAGCUGCUUACACCUCACUCUCUUUCUUCCUCUUACUCAGGGAAGAGCCCUGGAGCUUAUCAUAUGAUUAAGUCAUGGGAAGAACAAGCAGAUGUCAUUCGUUCUUAUCUCGACAAAGCUGCCAAGAGGAUGAAGAAAUGGGCAGAUAAGAAGAGGAGGCAUGCAAGCUAUCAAAAGUAUUUAGAAAGUAGUGGUAGAAUAGAUAUUUAUAAAGAAGGUUCUAGAUGA